AAUGCUACCUCAGCCAGAUUGGCAAGCCCGUCUUCAACGGCAAGUACGGCAAUGACAGCAACACCAGCCAGCCGCCGGGCUGUUGGAUGCGCGAUCCAAAGCCGGUGAAACCGGAAGAUCGCGAGAAGUACUGGCUAACGCUGAUGGAGAGCACCAACCUCCUGCAGGAGUUUGCCUCAAAGGAGGCCUUCCGCAACAAGGCGCCCACGGUCAACUACACACUGCUGCAUCGCUUCACCGGAAACGCGCAGACCAUCUACAGCGGAAAGUUUUAUUACGCCGGCGAGGGCACCAACAAGGUGGUCAUCCUCAGCCUGGACACGCUGGACACCGCUUUUGUGACGCUGAUGCCCGCCAGUUCGACGUCUGUCUCUAUCUCUACUUCGGCAUCACAUCACCACAACCUGUCUCGGCGGCCAAUGACCACCACCACCACUACCGGCGCUCGGCACGUUCGCAGCCAUCACCACGGUCACCAUCACCGGCGUCGAAUGGCCGGUGGUGGCGGUGGUGAGAAGGACCACUCGUCAUCCACCUCCUCUUCCCAACCGGCCACCACCACCAGUCGUCGGCUAUAUAGAAAUCAGCUGAACAGCAUCGACAUCUCGGUGGACGAGAACGGCGUCUGGCUGCUCUACCCGAACCUGUACAGCGACCUGAACAGCACCAUUGUGAUGAAGCUGAAUGGGAGCCAGCCGGAGUACGUCUGGAACCUGACCAUCGACUACCACCAGCUGGGGGAGGCCUUCCUCCUCUGCGGCGUCCUCUACGGCGUCGAGUCAGGGCGGACGGAGCGGACGCACAUCGCCUUCGCCUACGACCUCUACACCAAUCGGGAGCUUAGCAAGGAGAUUGGCGGCGGAGAGAAGGUCGCCUUCACUAAUCCCUUCCUCGGCACCGUCUACAUUGGCUACAAUCCACUGUACCGGUACCUCUACACCUGGGACAACGGCAACAUGCUCGAGUAUCCGCUCAAGAUUGACGACACUCUCCGGCGGCCGGUGGCCAAGAGUGGAGCUGCUGGUGCUGGUGGUGAUGACGGAGGUGGAGGUGCUGCAGUCUCGGCCGCCGGUGAUGAAGAGGAGAAGAAGUAA